UGGCCGCGCCUCUGUGUGUGUGUAAAAGCCGCGCAUGCGCUCGUCUCGCACCUCUUUGAAAGGCAAGGAACGUUCAGGGAAGCCGGCCAAUAGCCGCGGGAGGAAAAGGAGGAGGGGGCGUGGCCAUUGGGCGGCUCGCGCGCAAGGUUCAGAGGAAUAUGGCUAUAAUGAUACACCUGAGGAUGUAUAGAGUAUUUUUUCUUAGCUGCCUAGUUCUUCUGUCCUGCUUGAUGUGUUUGGCUGAGGAUCCCCACCCUGGUGGAAGUCAUCAUCCUAAUGCACGCCUUGAUAAAAACAUGGUGCAGGAUAAGGACCAUAUCAUGGAACAUUUAGAAGGAGUCAUAGACAAACCGGAAUCAGAAAUGUCACCACAAGAGCUGCAACUCCAUUACUUCAAAAUGCAUGACUACGAUGGCAACAACUUGCUUGAUGGGCUUGAGCUUGCCACUGCAAUAACACAUGUGCAUAGAGAGGAAGGAGGUGAACAUACUCCAACUAUGAAAGAAGAGGAGCUAAUUAGCUUAAUAGAUGGUGUCUUGCAAGAUGAUGAUAAGAACAAUGAUGGAUACAUUGACUAUGCUGAAUUUGCCAAGUCAUUGGAAUAGCAAUAAUCUUUUCGAAAAAUACUUUCUUUCAUGUGACCCAGCACAAUGUGAUUCUUUACUGUUUGGUUGUAUGGGCUACUCCUUGGGCUGCAAAAUGAGUAGUAGUUUCAGUGGACUGUUGUGAAAGUUAUUUAAUGACAGGUUAAUUUUUGCAGAAAUCCAGUCAUAAUUAAGCAUAAACGUUGCAGGACUGAGGGUCUGAAAUGUAAUCAUAAGUUAAAAAUGACAACAUAAUUCAGUGCUUAAUCGUGAUUUUGAAUUCACCACUCCCUUUUUUCAAAAAUGAAGGCGAAGCCCCAUACCUGGGGGGAGGGCUCCCAAAGGGCUAAAUCUAGUUGUUAAUCUUGACUAGACUAAACAAAAUGAAUCUAGGAAAUUUACAGUGUUGACUCAUUGAAUCAGGAGGUCUUUGUCUGGUUUAGGCCCAAAUCUGUUGAUGUUGUAGAAAAGGGCAGAUAUCUAAUUUAAUUGCCAUUAAAAUUGAUGUUAAUGUAAAAGUGCUUAGUAUCUGUUUACAUUGUUUCCUAAAUAUUUAGAAACCUAUAUACCUGUAUAUCUACAUUUCUAUAUUUCAGAUAUCUUCUCAGUAUUGUGGUGGAUUUUGUUCUGUCCUAACUUAUUCUUAUAAAAGAACUGGGGUUUUAAAAAUAAUAAGAAUGUGUGUGCAUAUACGUACAUACACGUGCAUAGAUACAAAUGGUUGUUAGCAUUAUACCAUCAAUACAGUAUUUCUCUUCACAAUUCAUUUUCAGAAAAUGUAGAUUAACUACCACUCUUGGUAAAGUCAUUCACUAUUAUUCCUCUGUUACUUAACUGAAUUUUAUAAUCACAGUAAAAUGCUGCCUUGUUAAGGUUCUCAUCAGUGUACCUUGACUUGAAUUCAUGGUGUUAACUAUGAAAAUAAUUUGUAUUUUUUUUCUAAAACUCUUUAAAGAGUGUGUUUAAAUACUUGAAUGGUCUGCUUUUAUAAAAUAGUUUAAGAAUUACGUACAACUUUUGUUUCAGUGGGGAGUACAUUAGCCUCUUGCAGAUCUAAAACAGUAUGUUGAUGUCUCACUUGAUGUGUAAAUCCAAUGAGAAAGUGUUAAUUUUUAUUUAAUUAGAUGGAUCAUAUUCAGUGACAAAACCCUCACAUGCUCUCUGUAAAUUGCAUAGAGACCUAUUUUCUGUAUUAAAACUAUUCUUAUAUGAAGUGCAUUUGUAAGAAAAAAAAUCCUUCCUUUGUUUACUGUGCAAUUAAAAAAAAUGAUUGUACUAUC